UUAUUUUUUAUAACGUUUAUAGAGUUUAUUUAUAAAACGGAGAAAGAAGUGAAGGCGUAGAAUUCGGCCGAAUCGGAGCGCAAGUAGUUAUUACUGGCAGGGUGCGAUUGCGGGCCGGGGGCGCUAGGUGGCGCGGCGGUGCUAUGCCAGGGGUAGAACAGCGGGUAUAGCAGCGGUCUCAGCCCCCUUCCUGCCCGGGGGUAGAGCUGACAGCGGCUCAGGCUGCCUUACACUUCGGCUCCGUGUUGUUCGGGCUCCCACUUUGGGGUUUUCUCAGGUUCUGGCGAAUCUUGUCGCUGCAACUGUGCGCUCAGGCCGGGAAGUGUCGCUGCAGAAGCUGCAGUUUGCAGGGUCGGGGUCGUGUUUAGCAGAAUCGCCGGGAAUGGGCUGUCAGCUGCUGGGAUUCCCCCGCUGAUCCAAGGAUUUCCCUGCCGGAUUCUCCCAACUGAUCCCAGGAAUUCUCCGCCCAGGGCAGGAUCCCGGCAUUCCAUUCGGUGGGAUUCCCCCCAGCGGGUCCCGUUUGGGUUCUGGUUCUGUUGGGUCUGUGCUGUACCUACUGUGUGAGGGAGCCCAGAUCUGUCGGUACCGACACCCCCAAUAGUACCGGAUCACCUGUGGCCCCUGGGGUAGGAUCUACUCUGGAUCUCCCUAUGGUGUAACCCCCGGUGGGUUUCAUUGCAGGAUUCUGCUCCACACCAGUCCCAGGGAAGGACUGACGCCGUGCCGUACGACUGAUUCCUCUGGAAUGCAGACAUAACGCAGCCUUAAUCAUGGAUGAAGAGGAGGCCCUCCAGCUGAUCAUGAAGGAUCUGGCGGCGCUGGGGAAGUGCGGGGGGCUGUUGGAUGGCCAUCACAGAAAGAUCUGCAAGCAGCAGGAUGCCAGGAUAAAGUUUGAAUACAACGGAGAGAAAAGAAUCAUUGAGUUCCGGAGGCCAAUCAAACUGAAGGAUGUUCAGCAGAAAGUCACCGACGCCUUCGGCCAGACGAUGGAUUUACAUUAUGCAAACGAUGAGCUCCUGAUCCCACUGACGUGCCAGGAGGACAUGGAUAAAGCUUUGGAAUACUUGGACGCCUGCCCGGCCCUGAAGAGCCUGAAGAUACUUGUAAAAGCACCAAAGAAAAACAUUGUUAGCAGAGCUCCUGAGGCAACAAUGAGGUACCUGCAGCCUGUGUGCCCCAAACCCCACGAUAUGAGGAUUUCCAAGUCUAUGGGAGAUAUUCUGGGUUCCUUGUACAAAGAUGCUGACAAGACGCGGAAAUUUUCGACGGGUUCCUUGCACACAGGCCGCAGCUCUCCCCCGCCGGGAAGCGUGCCUGAUGAGCAGCAGCAAAUCGCACGGCAGGGAUCGUACACGAGUAUCAAUAGCGAGGGAGAAUUCAUUCCUGAGGUAAUUGACCCUUUCAUUAGCCCUAACGAAUCCCUCUCGAGCAGCUGCCAGUCGCUGGAUCGAUCCUUGGACAGCCCAGCGUUUUCGACUCCAGUCCCAAGAGGAAAAGGCCAACUGAAUGACAGCUUGGAUUGUUUAGAUUUUGAAAUCCCGUUCUACGAGAGGUUUGGAAAAGGCGGCACCUUUCCCCGGCAAUAUCACUUUUCCCGAAAAGACUACAAUGACGGUCGGAGAACCUUCCCUAGAAGUUACAUCCCGCCGGAGAAUAUUUUCCCGCUCAGCAGCAGCAGGACGAGGAGCGUGAACGGGGAGAGCGGGUUGGUCCCUAUGUCCUGCGAUGAGCAGAGGAAGAAGCGGUGGAACAGCUCAGAGCAGGGCUUUCCUUUCUUCUGCUCCACGUCCCAGGAACAGAACAACAAGUCCCCUCAGGCACCCGAAAACUGGAGGCUGGGGAAGCUCCUUGGCAGAGGAGCAUUUGGGGAGGUCUAUCUCUGCUACGAUGUGGACAAGGGAAGAGAACUCGCGGUAAAACAGGUGCCCUUCGACCCAGACAGCCAAGAAACGAGCAAAGAGGUGAAUGCGUUGGAAUGUGAAAUUCAGCUGCUAAAGCUUCACCGGCAUGAAAGGAUAGUCCAGUAUUAUGGCUGCCUGCGGGACCCAACGGAGAGAAAGCUGUCCAUCUUUGUGGAGUAUAUGCCGGGGGGUUCCAUUAAAGACCAGCUGAAAGCCUACGGGGCGCUGACGGAGAAUGUCACGCGACGGUACACGAGGCAGAUACUGCAGGGGGUGUCCUACUUGCACGGCAAUAUGAUUGUACAUAGAGACAUUAAAGGUGCCAACAUUCUCAGAGACUCAGCUGGGAACGUGAAACUUGGCGACUUCGGGGCCAGCAAGCGCAUCCAGACCAUCUGCAUGUCCGGCACCGGCAUCAAAUCCGUAACUGGGACUCCGUAUUGGAUGAGCCCCGAGGUGAUCAGCGGAGAAGGAUACGGCAGGAAAGCGGAUGUGUGGAGCGUGGCGUGCACGGUGGUGGAAAUGCUGACAGAAAAACCUCCUUGGUCGGAGUACGAAGCCAUGGCGGCCAUCUUUAAAAUCGCCACUCAGCCCACCAAGCCCCGUCUGCCGGACACCGUUUCCGACGCCUGCAGGGACUUCAUGAAACAGAUAUUUGUGGAGGAGAAACGUCGGCCGACGGCGGAAGAACUGUUGAGGCAUCUUUUUGUAAGCCAUAGCAUCUAAAGUGUUCUCGGCGCCAAAAUCAAAAUGGAGGUGAAUGUUUCUGGGGAGACGGCAUCUACCUACCGGGGGGGGUGUCCCUUACCAAAUAGUUCUGCUCUGCUCAUUUGGUGGAGUUUAUUAAGAAGACACUGGUGGUGAAUGUGCAAAUCAGCUGCGGCCUGGGAUGCGCCCAACUGUAUGGAGAAAGAGUGCUGUUCCGCCGGCGAAUGUCGCUUGCUUAUAUGGAGGGGAGGCAGCUGGCAGUUUGACUGACAUAGGGAAUGCAUUGCAAUGAGAUAACGUACAUGGAUCUCUCGCCUGAAAUGCUCCGUGUUCCUGCCGGCUCAAUCUGACUGCAAGUGGAAAACAACCCCAAAAUGGCAAUAUAGUAUUUCUGUGUGAUGGUGCCUUUGCCCCCAUGCCCUGUGCCAAAUACCUGGUUCUACUGCCCCCAGCCAACCCAUAUGCCAAGGGUUCCCCACUCACUUGUUUUGGAUGUGGCGUAAAUGUAUUUUAUAGAACCAUAGAAGGGGCAGUUCACAUUGGAAUUAAUGUGGUAAUAUCUGCUCAUAUGGUAAGGGCCCCCAAACUGUUUCUGUGCCCGAUCUGCAUUCUAAAGGUGGCCAUACACAGAGCAAUUCCGAUGGAAAGAUCGUUUGUUUCCCCCACUGACGUUCAGGGCUGAAUAAUCAGAUGUGGAGGUAGAAACAAUAGGAAUUCUACCUCCAGCCCUGAACGCAGAUUUUGUUCGGGCGCCUUCAAUGGCACCCAAUCAAAAUCUUGUAACCUGAUCAAUGAGACGACCGAUAUCUGCAGCCUUUGCUUUUUGAUAUCAUCGGUGCAUGUAUGGCCAGCUUAACUCACUGGAUCAAACCUGGAUGAUACCCGGGGGCAAUAUUUCCUACCACGCCCCCCCCCCCAUCCUUCUCUGGCCAAAAAGUACAGGCCCAAUACAUGGUCCAAUAAACUUCUGACGCCAUCUGGAAGGGCAACAGCUUUUAUUGGCCUGUGUACUGCCACCUUAAUACAGCUUGCAAUUGGCCUUUUUUAUUUAUUCUUACUGAGUGUUCUGUCUAGCAGCUCUUCAGUUGGAAGUUUAAACUGUUAUCUGGUUGCUGUGGCCCCACCAUGGCAACCAGUCAGUGGUUUGAAUGAAAGACUGCAAGAUGAAGGAGAGAAGGCCUAAAUAAAAGGAUAGGUAGUAAGAAGUACAUUGGGAUUACUCUGCUUUCUGGUAAUUUGGGUCAGAGACCCCCGCAAGCAGGCAGGAUUUAAACUAGAACAAGCAUAACAAGACCAAUUGCAAAUUGCCAUAUAAUAUCACUUUAUUAUCAUUCUAUGUUACUGCCACCUUAUCUAAGUGGUAGUCUCCUGGAUCACUACACCUUUCUCUAGGUCCCGGCUCACUUUCCAUAUUUGAGGGCAAUGCUAUAGGCCAUGUUUUGUGCCCUCAAUGCACCGACUGAUAUCUGGCCUGAGAUUGGCCAGAUCUCCAUCAAUCAGGCUUGAUUUACCGUCGGAUUGGGGGCCAUAUUGGAUCGUUGAUGCAGUCCCUGAUCCAACAGCGCCUAUACCCGCCGGUUUAAUUUGAUUGUUUGGCCCUAGGACCAAAUGAUUGAAUGAGCCCAAUAUCGCUCACCUGUUGGGAAAAGAUCCACUUGCUUAGCGAUCUCACCAAAUGAGCUGAUCUUACCGUGUAUGGCCACCUUUAGGGCUCAUUAUUUUCAUCCACGAUCUCCCGAACCCAGUUGGUUAUCUGUUAAACCUUAGACAACAGACAUUCAAAGCCAACACUUUGUAAACUUAUAGGUCGGAUAUCUUUGUGGUUUUGGCCCUUUAAAGGCAAAGUAAGCAUAACAAAUCCAUGCCAUUAGGACUGUCAUGUAUACAGAGGUUUGUAUAGGAUACCACUUAGCGCUAGAUUCAUAUAAUGGGUCAGCACCCUAGUACCCCUAAUGUCUCAUGUACUUGGUUGGAUGAAUGAAAUAUCCUGUGGAGUAUUCAGCCAAUUCAGAUCACAGGGAUGCUGUGUUUACACUGAAAUUGAUCAGCCCAGUGCAGGGCCGUAUAUAACGUAUAGGCACCCAAGGGCCCAUGCCCAGGUUGGCAGCCUUAAGGUGACUAUAUAAGGUAAGAGUUAAUGGGGAGGGGGGAAUGGUGAUGCCAUUGAACAAUUCCUUUUCCAUAAGUUUCAGCAGAAAAUAUUAUCUGAAUCCACGAUUAUUAAUUUGGAGGGGGGUUAGAGCUCAGUGGCUCUAACACCCCUCCGACUGGGAAUCAUUAGGAGCAUGAUGGUGGCCGACUGCUUAAAACACAUUCUGCCGAACUGACUCAUUGAUCUGCUUUGAUACUCCCAUUCUGAAUUCUGGUAAAUCUAAUCAAAAUUUCUCUUCAUUUUAUAAACACAAGCUUUGUUAGCGCUGUGCCUGCCACAAACAUUCCGCCUAAAGGAGAAGGAAAGGCAUUUUGGCAUUUUAUUGCCAAUAGAUUCGCCGCAUUAGUGCCACCUAGAACCCUUUAUUUAUUCUGCAGAAGCUUUGCCAUACCUGAGUAACAGCCCUAGAAGCUCCCUCUGUUUGUUUAAGAUAGCAGCUGCCAUUUUAGCUGGGUCUCAGUAGCUUCCUGCUGCAGCUCUGGCUGCUGGUAGCUCAGAUUACAGCACAUUUGGGAGGGGGAG